GGGAUCAUGUCAAGCAAUAGAUAAGGGAAAGACCAUAUCGAGGCAAUAGAAUACACAAUAAUCUUAAUCGCUGACUAUAUCUCAAGAGCUGUGUCGUUCAGUUUCCGGCUUCACAUCGAGUAUGAACAUCAUAUUCUGACCCAUCUUGUAACACCAACAAGCAAGGCUUACCCCGCGCGUUACAUUCCAAUUGAUACCGGGACUUGAGAAUACAACAAAAACUCAUUCGUGUUCAAAAAUGACUGGAAACGGAUUCAUCCAAGAUGUCGUGGAGCUCAUCACCGUUCAGUCGGAGCUACCGAGUACAAACCCAACGGCACCGACCUGGCAGACUCCACCGCAUCCAGCCGUAGCAAACGCGCAGUCCCAUGCCUUGCCCUCAGAAACCGAUAUCGUCAUCAUUGGUUCUGGAAUCACCGGUAUCGGCGCCGCACACAGUCUCUUGAACCAUCCGAAAGGAACUGGUCUCAGGGUGACUAUGCUUGAGGCCCGCACGGCCGUAAGCGGAGCGACUGGGCGAAAUGGAGGACAUCUUGUCUCUGACAGCGAUUCUUUGUUUCCAGCUCUUGUCGACACAAUUGGCGUUGAGCGUGCGAUAGAGACUGUGCGGUUUAGCGAGGCGAACAUCCGUCGCCUAAAAGAGCUUAUCGCCCAGUUGAAUCCGGAGGAUAGAGAGGCUGUGGAAUUUCGCGAGGUGACAUCAGCAACAUCGUAUACUGAUCAAACUUCAUUUCGAGGCGCUAUUGAAGAAGUCAAGCAACUACUCAAAGCGGUUCCUGACAGUGAGAUCAAGUUCAAGGUAUACAACAGGGAGGAGGCGGCCAAGAUCUUCAACUUCACAAAUGUUGUCGGCGCAGUUGCACAAACAGGAGUCGCAGCCUUGUGGCCAUAUCGGCUUCUGACUGCAGUUUUAGCGUCUACAAGAGAAGAGUUCUCAGGCCGCUUCACCAUCGAGACGAUGACGCCCGUUCUCUCGGUACAGUUCCAGGACGAUGCGAUGGAGUACCCGUACCUAGUGCGCACAUCAAGAGGAUCCAUUCGAGCUAAAAACAUCAUUCAUUGCACUAAUGGCUACUCAAGCAAUCUGAUUCCUGGCCUGGUUGGCAAUCUAUAUCCACUACGCGGGACUAUGUCUACGCAGAACCUUGGGCCAGCCUUUCCACGAGCUGGUCACGAGAUGUCUUGGUCCCAGGUUUCUCUUGGCACAUACGACGCGAAGACUGGACACAUUCAUUUGGGCCUAUACUACGCUCAACAGAAUGCAAAGACCGGGGUUAUGUUCCUCGGUGGCGAGUCCCAGAGCCUUCGUGGUCUUCUCACAAGCGAUGACUCGAAUGUUGCAGAUGAUGCUCGCCAAACCCUAACUUCUGCAGCCCCAAAGAUCUGGAAGGAUGCAGCUCCCGCAAAGGCAAGUAAUGUCUGGUCCGGAAUAAUGGGGUUCACGGCAGAUGGUAUGCCGAUUGUGGGAAAGCUUCCGCAUAACCUCACGGGACGAAGUGGAAGUGGAGAGUGGAUUGCUGCGGGGUUUAAUGGGCAUGGGAUGGAUAAGUGCUGGCUUACUGGCGAAGCUAUCGCAAGGAUGGUGCUUGGGGAGACAGACGUACCUGGAUUUCCCAAGGCAUACCUGUUGAGUGACGAUCGGAUGAAGAGUUGGUCACCUGAGGGAGCUGCUGAAACUCUGAUGGAUCAUAUCAUGGUGGGAAGCCAGGCUCCGACAAGCCAUCUUUAGUGUUCCCCAUGUGCUUUUCAGCUUAGCAUAGCUAUUUUCAACGGGCUCAUGAGUAUAGCAAUUCGCAUCAUCAGGCGUCCCAUGUUUUGAGUAGCAUUUAAAGGCUUGGAGGCACCAAUCACAACCGGUCCAUGGUGAUACUGGCAUUUUCUAGAUGAACAACCCGCUAGUAACCACGAAAGACC